UCGCACCGCUCGGCUCGCUCUCCAGGCCCGCGCCCCGCGCCCCGCGCCCCGCGCCGCCAUGAACCACUCGCCGCUCAAGACGGCCUUGGCCUACGAAUGCUUCCAGGACCAGGACAACUCGACGCUGGCUCUGCCGUCCGACCAGAAAAUGAAGACCGGCACGUCGGGCCGGCAGCGCGUGCAGGAGCAGGUGAUGAUGACCGUCAAGCGGCAGAAGUCCAAGUCUUCCCAGUCGUCCACCCUGAGUCACUCCAACCGAGGCUCCAUGUAUGAUGGCCUGGCCGACAACUACAACAACUACGGGAGCAGCAGCCGGAGCAGCUUCUACUCCAAGUUCCAGGCAGGGAACGGCUCGUGGGGCUACCCGAUCUACAAUGGGACCCUCAAGCGGGAGGCUGACAACAGGCGCUUCAGCUCCUACAGCCAGAUGGAGAGCUGGGGCCGGCAGUACCCGCGGGGCAGCUGCACCGCGCCGGGCGCCGGCAGCGACAUCUGCUUCAUGCAGAAGAUCAAGGCCAGCCGCAGCGAGCCCGACCUCUACUGCGACCCCCGGGGCACCCUACGCAAGGGCACGCUGGGCAGCAAGGGCCACAAGACCACCCAGAACCGCUACAGCUUCUAUAGCACCUGCAGCGGCCAGAAGGCGGUCAAGAAGUACCCGGGGCGCCCGCCCUCCUGCACCUCCAAGCAGGACCCCGUGUGCAUCCCGCCCACCUCCUGCACCAAGGACCUGUCCUUCAGCCACUCCAGGGCCAGCUCCAAGAUCUGCAGCGAGGACAUUGAGUGCAGCGGGCUGACCAUCCCCAAGGCUGUGCAGUACCUGAGCUCCCAGGACGAGAAGUGCCAGGCCAUCGGGGCCUACUACAUCCAGCACACCUGCUUCCAGGACGAGUCUGCCAAGCAGCAGGUGUACCAGCUGGGCGGCAUCUGCAAGCUGGUGGACCUGCUCCGCAGCCCCAACCAGAACGUGCAGCAGGCCGCGGCCGGGGCUCUGCGCAACCUCGUGUUCCGCAGCACCGCCAACAAGCUGGAGACACGGCGGCAGAACGGCAUCCGCGAGGCGGUCAGCCUCCUGAGGAGGACCGGGAGCGCGGAGAUCCAGAAGCAGCUGACCGGGCUGCUCUGGAACCUGUCCUCCACCGAUGAGCUGAAGGAGGAGCUGAUCGCCGAGGCGCUGCCCGUGCUGGCUGACCGCGUCAUCAUCCCCUUCUCGGGCUGGUGCGACGGCAACAGCAACCUGACCCGGGACCCCGUGGACCCCGAGGUCUUCUUCAAUGCCACCGGCUGCCUGAGGAACCUGAGCUCCGCAGACGCGGGCCGCCAGACCAUGCGCAACUACGUGGGGCUCAUCGACUCGCUUAUGGCCUACGUCCAGAACUGCGUGGCGGCCAACCGCUGUGACGACAAGUCAGUGGAGAACUGCAUGUGCGUCCUCCACAACCUCUCCUACCGCCUGGACGCCGAGGUGCCCACGCGCUACCGCCAGCUGGAGUACACCGCCCGCAACGCCUACACCGACAAGUCCUCCACCGGCUGCUUCAGCAACAAGAGCGACCGCAUGACGAACAACAACUACGACUGCCCGCUCCCCGAGGAAGAGCCCAACCCCAAGGGCAGCAGCUGGCUGUACCACUCAGAUGCCGUCCGCACCUACCUGAACCUCAUGGGCAAGAGCAAGAAGGACGCCACCCUGGAGGCCUGCGCGGGCGCCCUGCAGAACCUGACUGCCAGCAAAGGGCUGAUGUCCAGCGGCAUGAGCCAGCUGAUCGGGCUGAAGGAGAAGGGCCUGCCCCACAUCGCCCGCCUGCUGCAGUCCGGCAACUCGGACGUGGUGCGGUCUGGAGCCUCGCUGCUGAGCAACAUGUCCCGGCACCCCGCGCUGCACAGAGUGAUGGGAACCCAAGUGUUCCCAGAGGUGACCAGACUCCUCACCAGUCACACCGGCAACACCAGCAACUCGGAGGACAUCCUGGCCUCGGCCUGCUACACCGUGAGGAACCUGAUGGCCUCCCUGCCGGGCAUGGCCAAGCAGCACUUCUCCAGCAGCAUGGUCAACAACGUCAUCAACCUGUGCCGUAGCAGCACCUCCCCCAAGGCUGCGGAGGCUGCCCGCCUCCUCCUGUCCGACAUGUGGUCCAGCCGGGAGCUGCAGGGGCUCCUCAGGCAGCAAGGUUUUGAUAGGAGCAUGCUGGGGACCUUAGCCGGGGCCAACAGCCUCAGGAACUUCACCUCCCUAUUCUGAGAGGGGCUGCCCGCCCACGUUCAGCUUGCAGACGUGAUCCGACCAGCGGAGCAGACCUGGGCCUUACUGCAGGCGCGUCUGUCCACCUGCACAGCGUUUGGAGGUGUUCAGAGCCAGCCAAGAGCACGCAGGGACG